AUGACGGAUAUUUUAAAUAUCGAGGACGAGCCGAUCUUUGACGAUCGCAUCGUCAAGAUCGAGACUCACACGUACAAUCCGUUCGCCAACACGACGUUUGAAUACAACGAUGAGAUAAGAAUUCCUAUACAACAGCAGAAUCUUUACACGUUACCGUACGAAAGUUUUUUAUACAUUGAAGGAAAACUUAUAAUAAAGAAACCAGUUGCGGGAUCUGAUGUGACAUUGGCAAAUAAUUGCAUCGCGUUCAUGUUCGAUGAGAUUCGAUACGAGCUCGACGGUGUGGAGAUUGAUCGAAACAGAAACGUCGGAAUAACCAGCACCCUCAAGAACUAUGUAACUAUGUCAGCUGCCAGAAGCGUAAUCGCGAGAAACGCCGGCUGGGAUCCGUGGAAUCCUCCGAACGGAUACUUUAAUUUUUGCGUACCGCUCAACAUGCUGUUGGGAUUUUGUGAAGAUUACAGACGCGUGGUGAUCAACGCUCGCCAUGAGCUGAUUUUAAUACGCGCGCAUAACGAUAACAAUUGUCUGAUGGGAAGUUCAGAAUUGGAGCCGAAGAUUGAAUUACUCAAAGUUCAGUGGCGAAUGCCACAUUGUGUUACUGAACGAGAUAAAUAA